CUCUACUUCCGUGAAUAUGGCUCCCCCGAUACUCCGCGUUCUGCGCCUUGGCGUCACGCCGUAUCUCACGGCGCUAGACCUCCAGGCCCGCGCCGCCGCUCGCCGCGCUGGUCGCUCCACCACCGCCGCCUCCGCCUCCGCUUCCCCCUCCCCCUCCUCCCCCGCUUCCGCAAACCCCCCCAGAGUCCCGCCAUCCCCCGACCUGCUCCUCGCGCUGCAACACCCGCCAGUCAUAACCAUUGGAAAGCGGCAAGCAGUCGGCGCGAGUCAUAUAAUCGCAGGGGAGGAGGAGUUAGCUGCGGCGGGCGUGGAGGUCCAUAGAACAGCGCGCGGCGGCGACGCCACGUUUCACGGGCCGGGUCAGGCGGUGCUGUACCCCGUGCUUCGGCUGCCGGACCUGAGGCUCGGCGCGCGGCGGUACGUGGAAGGCCUGGAGGACGUCAUGGUUCGGGGCGCUGCGAGGUUCGGCGUGGAGGCUCGGGGAAGAGUUCCGGGAAUGACGGGAGUGUGGGUGGGGUGGGACGAGGAGGAUCCAGAUGCAGGCGAGAUGAGGCCCAAUCUCAAGGGCCCUGAUGGGGAUUCAGGUGUUGAUGGUUCAGGUGGUGGUUCAGGUGGUGGUUCAGGUGGUGGUUCAGGUGGUGGUGGUUCAGGUGGUGGUUCAGGAGGGACGGGGAGGAAGAUCGGUGCUGUUGGCGUGCAGAUAUCAGGCGGUGUGACAAGGCACGGGCUGGCCUUCAAUAUAAGCACAGACCUCUCGUUCUUCAAGCUCAUAGUGCCCUGUGGGCUAGAGGGAAGAGCAGUCACAUCAUUAAUAGAGGAGAGGAGGCGGUUGGGGGGGAAGGUUAGGAGGAGGGAGGGAGUGGGGGAGGGGGGGGAAGGGAGUGUGGGAGUGGGAGAGGAUGUUUCUUGUAGUGCAGUUACGGAUGUGGGUAUAGAUGUGGGGUUGGAGACAGUAAUGGAUGUGCUUAUAGAGGAGUUUGUGAGGGAGUUUGGGUUUCAGGAGGAGAGGUGCAGUGAUGAAGAGCAGUGGUUGCGGUGAUAGUAACGAAGGGCAUGGGGGUGUAAUAUUUUUCUUGGAGGAAGCUAUCGUUUAAAAUAAUUCAUUACACCCCGACAAAGCCAACCGACCAGAACCUUCGCGAGAACCAAGUUGUAGUAUCUGUGCGGUGUAACGGUGUUAUUGUAGGUCAGUUAUCCGG